AUGGUAGUGUACUAUUUCCGUAGGUACCACUGCCGUUUGCUAAAACUCAGACUGUUAUUGUACACCUCAAUUCUGCGAUCUUUCCAUCUAUCUUGGCUUCUUUCUUUCUUUUCCUUUUUCCUUCUCUUUCCUUCUUCAUUUCUUCUUUUUUUUCCUUUUCUUUAUUUAUUCUUUCUUUUCCUAUUUCUUUGUUUCUUCUUUUCUUCCUUUCCUUUUUCUUUCUUCUUUCUUUCCCCACCUUCCUCUUUCGUUUCUUUCCUUACCUUUUUCUUUUCUAUCCUUCCUCUUACUUUCCUCACUUUUUUUGUCCUCAUUUCUUUCCUCUUUUUCCUUCUUUCCAUAUUUUUCUUUCCUUCAAACUUUCCUCACUUUUUUCUUUGCUCAUUUUCCUUUUCUUUCUUUCUCUUUCUUUCGUCAUUUUUUCUUUCUUUUCUUUUAAUUUUCCAUCAUUCUUUCCUUUCUUACGUCAUUUUUUCUUUCUUUCUUUCCUUUUUCUUUCUUUCCUUCUAUCUUUUCUUUCUUCUUUUGUUUCUUUCUUCCUUUGCUUUUUCUCUAUUUACUAGUUUCUUCCUGCAUUUCUUUUUUUCUCUUCCCCCUUUUUCUUUCCUCUUUUUCUUUCUUUUCUCUCUUUCCUCUUUUUUCUUUUUCUUUCCUUUUUUUCUUUCUUUCUUUUUUAUUUCCUCUUUCUCUCUUUUUUCCUCUCUUUCUUUUCUAAUUUCUUUCUUUCGUCAUUUUUUCUUAUGUUACUUUCUUUCGUCAUUUUUUUCUUAA